GUGCACCAUGUUUUGUGACGGCUCCGGCCCGCUUCUGGAAGAAGCUCUACUCAAUGACCAACUGCUUUUUGAAUACUCGCCAGCGGAAAGCCUCAUAAACUUUGAGCUUCCGUCAUUGGAUUCUGAUGGCGACUGGCAGCUCAGUGACUUGGAUCUCAAUUGUGAUAGUUUUGUAAAUAGUGUUAGUGACUUAAACAAGGACGCUACAAAUAGUUGUAACAUUCUCGAUGGAUCAGUUUUCGAUUUUGCCGAACUAGAUAAGAGCAUUAUUGACGAAUAUCUCCUGGAAGCAUUGAGCAGCGAUCUCUCCAAUGACUCGCCACAUUCUCCACAGUCCGGUACGGACUCAUCAUUAAGCAACGAGUCCAUCUGUGCCCUGGAGACACAUGACUACGUCACAGCCAAUAAUGCCUGGCCGAGCAAUACGCGUGUGUAUGAGAAGACCGAGGUGAAAGUACGUUCGUUCGGAGAACCAAAGUUUUGUCAAGAGCUGGGUGCGUUUCGUUGUCCUGUAGACGAUUGUGGUAAACUGUACGCAAAGGCGUCCCAUGUGCGUGCCCACCUUCGGCGGCACAGCGGUGAGAAGCCGUACAGGUGUACGUGGGGAGGUUGUUCGUGGAGGUUCGCGCGCUCCGACGAGCUGGCUCGGCAUCGGCGCAGUCACUCGGGCGACAAGCCGUACCGGUGCGGGGAGUGCGGCAAACGGUUCGCUCGCUCCGACCACCUCGCCAAGCACGGGCGGGUGCACGCGCGCCGCGCCGCCGCUGCUGCAGCCGCUGCCGCCAGCAGGAGAGCUGCCUCGGCACCACUCGGACAUAGGAGAUCAACGAGGGGAAUGCUGCUACUAUGAGUACACCAAACAUUUAUGGUGACUAGAUAGAUAGACUUGAAGUGUUUUACAAUUUCGGUCAGUAUUUAAAACCAAGAGGUAGGUACUUACUGAAUUCGUUAUCACUUAGAAGACUGAGUUUGUUCUUAUAUUUGAAAAACUGAUUCUAGUUGAGUUAGGAGUUAGGUAAACGCGGCCUUUGAAUGGCUGAUUAUGC